GUUGGAGGAGAAAUAAGUAGCAUCAUUAUCGGAAAAAUGAACAAGAAUGGAAGAGUUGCUGUGUGCGGUAGUAUAAGCGCAUAUAACGAGGAUCCAGCAAAAAUGCCCAAAGUGACAGUUCUACAGCCCACUAUUGUAUUCAAAGAACUGAAAAUUGAAGGCUUCAUUGUGUCUCGUUGGUCUCAGCCAAAAGAUAAAUGGCCAGAGGCGUUCUCUGAUCUGGUGCAGUGGAUCAAGAAAGGACAGCUUAAAGCAAGAAGCCAUGUAACAGAAGGUUUUGAUAACAUUUAUGAUACGUUUAUUGGAAUGCUUGCAGGAGAAAAUACUGGGAAAGCUGUUGUUAAAAUAUAA